CGUGACGCUGCGGUUUCUGCGGCGUGGUGACGUAGUGACGUAGCUCCGAGGAGAGCGGCUACAUAGGAGAUUAGUCCGGGGCUCGCGCUCAGAGCGGCGGCCGGUCGGGACGCAGCGGCACGUUACAGCCAGGUACCAGCACUCAGCUUCCUGCCAUGAGACCAAACUCUCCCUGAAGGUUCGCUCCACUUCCUGCUUCAUCUCCUCGUCGAAUCGCAUGCCAUGGACCCUCAGGUGUGCCCGCCCCCUCUGAGCAGCAGCCAAUCGGUGAUCAGCGGCCUGGACAAAUCUCCAGCCAGCGGAUUCAAGCCGAGCCACUCCCGCAGCAGCAGCACCGGCUCGUCCAAGCUGUCCAAACAGUCCCGUCACUGGGAGGUGAUGGACGACCUGCAGCAGAUGGAUCUGAGCUCGGUUCCCGGCUCGUCUCUGGACCUCAGCAUCCCGGGAAUCUGUGAAGGCUACCUGAUGAAGAGGAGGAAGUACCCGCUGAAGGGCUGGCACAAGAGAUACUUCCUGUUGGAGAAGGGAAUCCUCAAGUACGCCAAGACACAGCAAGAUAUCCAGCGGGGGAAGCUGCACGGCUCUCUGGACGUCAGCCUCGCCGUCAUGUCCGUCAACAAGAAGUCCAAACGCAUCGACCUGGACGCCGGCGACAACCUCUACCACAUCAAGGCCAAAAGCCACGACCUCUUCUACAUCUGGCUGACCAAGCUGUGCGCCCACCGCGUCUUCAAGAAGAACGAGGCGAUGAGCGUCCAUCGCGGCGUCCUGCACGCUCUCUCCGUGGGCCAGAGCGGCCUGCCCACCAUGGCCACGCUGGCCCACAAAAACACAGCGGCGGUGCCGCACUACGCCAGCUCGGCGUCGGUGUACCAGCCGGAGAUGAGCAGCCCCGCCCCGGCGGUGGCCUCGAACCCCGCGGUGAACAGCAAGGUGUCGGCCUGGCUGCAGCAGACCCACGACACCGAUGCAACCUCGCAGGACCUCGCUCGCUGCCAGCUGGAGCUGACAGAACUGGCUCAGCUCAUCCAGCGACUCCAUUGGCUGGAGGGCGGCCUGCCAAUCACCAACACAGACCUGGAGCUGCGAAUCAGCAUGCAGAAUCUCUCGCUGGAGAAACCGAAGAAGAAGCCCAGCCGAGUGUUCGGUCACUCCAGGACUCUGUCCCGGGUCGAGGCCAUGGGGGGAAUGUUCACCUCCAGCCACCUGAGCACUUACGCUGGUAACAGUUCUGGCCACCUGGGGGCGUCGGUGCAGUCCAUCCCGGACUACGUGUACUCCCAGCUGUCGAACCCGCAGGUCACCUCGCCCGAGGCCAAGAAGCUGCACCAGGACAUCUGCGCCGUGUCCCAGAGGGUGCACGGCUCGCUGAGGUCGAUCCACGAGGUGCUGAGCCUGGAGAGGGAGCGGCUGCGGCAGGCCUGGGUCGGACCGGACCUCCGGCAGAACACCUCGGAGCAGCUGGCCACGCUGUGCAGCACGCUGUCGGAGCUUGAAGUGCAGUCUCGUCUGACCAAAGUCCACUCGCUCUCCCUGUCCUCUGACUCUACUGAGGAAUCCUUCUGCACUGUCCGGCAGGACCAGACGACGCCCUCCCUGCGUCGCCACAGCGGCCGCCCGCCCUCGAUCGCCGACUCCAUGGCCGAGUAUUUCGACGCCCACGAGGUGAUCGUGUGCGAGACUUCAUCUGAGGCGGACGCGUCGGACGAGUCGGGCCUCAGCGACGUCACCACGACCAGCAACUCGGAGCCCGACGAGGGACACGCCACCGCCACCCUGAAGUACCGGGCGAGUGUGUCCAGCGCUGCCGACAAACCGAGCCCGGUGCCGUCUGACACUGGGCGGCGCUCGGUCCUCCCGGCUCCGUGUGCAGACAACAGCCACAUCGGCAUCAUGACCAUCCUGUACAACAACAUCGGCAAGGACCUGUCCCGGGUCUCCAUGCCCGUGGCGCUGAACGAGCCGCUGUGCCUCCUGCAGCGGGUCAGCGAGGAGCUGGAGUAUCCCGAGCUGCUGGACGUCGCCAACCGCACCGACGACCCGUACGAGAGGAUGGUUUACGUGGCAGCGUUCUCCAUCUCGGGUUACGCCUGGGCGUCCUGGAGGAACCGCUACAAACCCUUCAACCCGGUUCUGGGAGAAACGUACGAGAACGUGCGAGAAGACCGAGGCUUCCGCUACGUCAGCGAGCAGGUGAGCCAUCACCCGCCCAUCUCAGCCUGUCACGCCGAGUCAGAGAACUUCACGUUCUGGCAAGAUCAGAGGUGGAAAAACAAGUUCUGGGGGAAAUCAGUGGAGAUCCUCUCCAGCGGUCAGGUCAACGUCACUCUGCCCAAGUACGGCGAUCACUACGAGUGGAACAAGGCGGUGACGUGCAUCCACAACGUGCUGAGUCAGCAGCGCUGGCUGGAGCACUACGGCGAGGUGCUGAUCCGCAACAGGCAGAGCGACGUGUGCACCUGCAAGAUCACCUUCGUCAAGUCUCGCUACUGGAGUUCAGACAACAGUAAGAACGAGGUCCAAGGCGUGGUUCUGGACCGGGCCGGCGAGGUGGUCCAUCGUUUCGGAGGCCUGUGGCACGAGGGCAUCUUCUGCGACACCCUGCCCACCCCACAAUGCAUCUGGAGACCCAACGCGCAGCCCGACGACAACGUCCAGUACUACGGCUUCUCGCGUUACGCCAGAGAGCUGAACGAGCUGACGCCUGAGCUGAGGGCCGGCCUGCCGCCCACCGACACACGCUUCAGACCGGACCAGAGGCUCCUGGAGGAGGGGAAGGUCGCCGAGGCCGACAAAAAGAAGGACGAGGUGGAGGAGAAGCAGAGGGAGAGGAGGAAGGAGAUGGCCAAGAGAGGGGAGGAGCACGUCCCCAGGUUCUUCAGGAAAGCUCUGGACGACGCCGGCAGGGAGGUUUGGCUUUACAACGGAACGUACUGGAAGCUCCGCGAGGAACCCGGUUUCGCCAACACAGAGAACCUGGACCUGUGGUAGAACACCGCACCGCCAGCAAAAAAAUGCUAAGGCUGAUGUCAACCGGCCACGUGUUGACCAUGUGGUGACGUGAUGAGGAACGGCAAUUUUUUUUUUUUUUUUUUUUUUAAACGUAUCCUCCUUGUGAGAUAAUGACCACCACGUAUUCUAUUCUAAUACUGUAUCUAUAAAAAAUAAUAAAAAAAAAAAACAAUCUCAUGAUAAUCUGGGCUGAACUUGGCCGGGGUUUUUAAACGCUAAGAUAUUCAGACCGUGGAUGUUUCCAGAGACACAUCUACGGGCGAACUUAGCAAGAUGCUGCCAAAACCUAACCGAGCCGGUCCAGCAGCCGUUCAGUGACGGUGCAACAGAGGUACCAAGAUAUAAUCUACAUGUAAAUGAGGAUUAGGUCAUUUUCAGAGUGCAGAUGAACCCCUCUGUGGUGGUUUUGUGCCCCAUGCCGAGGGGCGACGCCGUAAGGGAACAAAUGAAGACGAGUUCAGACUUGGCUGGGUGUGAUAUUCCCACCGUGCUGCCUUCACCUCACCACUCCUUCACCUUGAAUCUAAUCAUAAUCCAUAUUAAAAAAAAAAACUCAUUAGUUUUGCUGUUUAAAUCUGUGACACUGCUAUUGUACAGUCCUUGAUGUUCCCAGAAA